AUGGUUACUCCUUUGCACUAUGCAGUUAAACUAGACGAUGAAUCCAGUUUGGCUGACUUUUUGUAUGUUUGUCCAUUAUCAAUCGAAGAUUUGACUGUUAAAUCUGAAACUGCUGUACAUGUCACCCUCAAAAACGGGAGUUUAAAAGCCUUUAAAGUCCUGUUAGGAUGGCUUCAAUGCUUCAACAAAGAAGAGAUUCUGAAGUGGGAGGACGAAGAAGGAAACAAUGCAUUGCAUACUGCAGUAUCUGCAAAUCAACCUGAGAUGGCGAAGCUGUUGAUUGGAUACAUGAACGUGAAUAUAAAGAACAGAAAAGUUUUGACAGCUUUGGACAUCUUCUACGAUCGCCAAGGUCAAGGUUUGGUAGAUGCAGCAGUUGGGGACAUUCUACUUGCUGCUAAAGCUAAAAGUGCAUCUCAACUCCAUCAUCCGUCUUUAAGAGAUUCACGAAAAAUUUCACUAGUUGAGUACUUUUCUGGGGGCUUGUCGUUUUCAGCAAGAAUUGCGAAAAGAUUUAGUCAGGAUUUUUCUUCUUAA